UACAAACCAACAAAUCACAGUGCCCAGAUAUACCAAUCUCUCUACGUUUUUUAACAUUAUCACCAUCACCUACUGGCCUGCAUUUUUUACAAUUUUUCUUACAGCACCACCAAGUUCAACAUAAACAACAGUCAAGAAACUCAACUCAUUCUUAAACAAUAGUAUCCAUUAUGGAUCCUCAAGUUGAGCUUAUUUCUGAGUGCUUCAUCAAACCAUCAAAUAUAGAGGGAAAAGAACAAGUACUUCAUAGAACACCCUGGGAUCUUUGCUUGCUAAAUGGUCAUUACAUCCAGAAAGGCCUUCUUUUUCGAAAAACCCCUCUUUCAGAUGAUCAAGAAAGCUCAAUUCCAGGUUUCCUUGAGAGGCUUAAGCACUCCCUCUCUGUUACUCUUGCUCAUUUCUAUCCACUUGCAGGCCGCCUUGCUACCCAAACACGCGAAAAUCCACAUUUGUAUGAGGUGUACAUAGAUUGCAGCAACAGCCCUGGAGCUAAAUUUGUACAUUCCAAAUUGAAUUUAUCCGUGUCUGAUAUCUUAUCACCGGCCUACGUGCCUUCCAUUGUCCAGCAUUUCUUUGAUCAUUACAAGGCUGUCAACCACGACGGUCACACCCUGUCCUUGCUAACAGUCCAAGUGACUGAGCUAACUGAUGGUAUCUUCAUCGGGUUCUCAUCGAACCACUGUGUGGCCGAUGGCACCUCUUAUUGGCACUUCAUCAACACUCUAUCAGAAGUGUUUGAGAAGAAAAUUGACAGUGAAGCAGCAAAAAUCUCGCGGCCGCCUGUUCUUGAAAGCUGGUUCCCUGAUGGACAAGGCCCUUUCUACAACCUCCCUUUUACUCAUCAUGAUCAAUUCAUUAACAGAUACGAACGUCCCGAGCUCAAAGAAAGAAUAUUCCAUUUCUCAGUCGCUUCAUUAGCAAGGAUCAAAGCAAGAGCCAAUGCUGAUUGUAAAAACAGAGGCAUCACUGUCUCUAGUUUACAAGCAUUGUCUGCCUUGUUCUGGAGAUGUGUUAUACGUGCUCGAGGUUUACCACAGAAUCAUAUUAGUAUCUGUAAAACAUCGGUGAAUAUCAGGUCACGGCUAGAGCCAGCCCUGCCACAAAAUUAUUUUGGCAACGGCAUUCAGACAACUGGAGCCGUGACUACAGCUGGUGAGCUGCUGGAGAAUGAUUUAGGCUGGGCUGCCAUGCUAUUAACGGAAGCUAUAUCUAAACACGACGACAAGGCUAUACGAGAGGGCCUUAAGAGCUGGAUGCAGAAUCCUGUUAUUUACCAAUUCCAGCGUUUAGUUGAUCCUGGCCUGGUUAUGUUUGGGAGCUCCCCGCGGUUUGAUAUGUAUGGAAAUGAGUUCGGGUUGGGAAAGGCUGUGGCGGUUUUGAGUGGACAUGAUAACAAGUUUGAUGGCAAGGGGACUUUGUAUCCGGGGAAUCGAGGUGGAGGAAGCAUAGAUGUGGAUUUGUGCCUGCUUCCGCAUUCCAUGAGUGCAUUGGAAAGAGAUGCUGAGUUCUUGGAUGCUCUCAAUUUUUCAUGAUGAUCAAACCUUGUAGUGAUAAAAUUUCAUGUACUGGCAGUCUGCACACUGUUCUAGUCUAGCCAAUGCUGUAAUUUCGAGUUGGAAUCCGAGGUUGUAUUCACUUGGAUAGAACCGUUUAUUACGUGCAACACUUAGAAACAUUUCGAUAUUAGUUUGUAGUUGCAGGGGUGAUAAUUAAACCAGAGCCAUGUCCAUGAAUUUCCUGCUUUAGAGCAAG